AUGGGAUUCGCACUUCCAAAAUUCGUCUACUCUGGUCCUGGAGUCCAUUUUCCCGCUCGCUACUAUCUUUUGGUCGUCCUCCUCAUUCUUCUCGCUCAUUUUCUCUUUUCCCAUCUACACGAGGAGUACAGCAAGGCCACCUCUCUUACUCAACUAGCACCUUGGAUCCAGUCCCAUUCUGCGUCGACGCAGUGUGUGGAAGCAGAUACUGAUACAGAAUCAGUAUGGGGUACAUUAGAAGGAGACCAGUAUCCUCGUGCAGUGCACAAGCCCCAAAUAGGUCGAGCUAACGCUACAUUUGUCAUUCUCGCACGCAACCACGAGAUUAACGACAUUGUGCAAUCACUCGCAGAGAUGGAGCAUACCUUCAACCAUCAAUAUCACUACCCCUAUGUCUUCCUCAACGACUUGCCGUUCACCGCAGAGUUCAAAGAGCGCACAUCCAAAGUCGUUUCGGGCAAAGUGUCGUAUGGUCAAAUUCCCCACGACCAUUGGCACCAGCCACCGACCAUCGACGAGGAGCGCGCUCGCAAGAGUCGAGAGGAUAUGGUCAGGAAUGAUGUUAUCUACGGAGGAUCCGUAUCGUACCGCAACAUGUGCCGGUUCAACUCGGGUUUCUUUUUCCGUCACGAGCUGUUGCAGCAGUAUCGAUACUACUGGCGCAUCGAGCCUGGAGUCAACUUCUUCUGCGAUAUUACCGAAGACCCGUUCGUUUUCCUACAAGAGAAUAACAAAGUAUACGGCUUUACUAUUUCGAUGUACGAGUAUGAGUCUACCAUCCCUACGCUGUGGGAGACCACAAAGGAGUUUAUUCGGAAACAUCCGGAAUACGUCGCCAAAGACAAUGCUCUUAAAUUCAUCUCCGAUGAUCGUGGCGAUUCCUAUAAUAUGUGUCACUUCUGGAGUAAUUUUGAGAUUGCAGAUAUGGACUUUUGGCGGUCAGAGGCAUAUAUGAAAUACUUUGAGUUUCUCGACUCGAAGGGUGGCUUCUACUACGAGAGAUGGGGCGACGCACCAGUCCACUCCAUUGGCGCAGCCUUGUUCGCUAAGAAGGAGCAGAUCCAUUUCUUCAAAGAGAUUGGCUACCGACACAACCCAUUCCAACACUGCCCUCAAGGCGCGCUGCACACCAAGGGCAAAUGCUGGUGCGAUGAGCGCAAUAAUUUUGACUAUGAAAGGUAA